AUGGCUCCAGCCAAACGAAAGAAUGCACCGUCCACCGCUGCUGAAAUUUCCCUUACGCACUUGAAGAACUGCCUAGUGAAUCUUCCAACGUCGCUGGUUAACUUGCUUGUGAACAUCAAUACCCCGGUCCAAAAUGUCAUCGUCGAGCUUAGUUACCGUGUUCCCUCGUCCGCGAACGGGUCCUAUUCCAAUGGCUCGCCAUCACCCCAGCGGUCGUUCUAUGUUGGGUGGACGGGAAUGUCCAGCAAGCGCAAGGUAGCUCCGAUAGUCGAUCGUGAUGGACUAAAUGCCAUGCGUGGCGGCGGUAGAGACCAGGAGGUAGCCUGCGUCGAGAUGGACGCGACGCUAGCAGCAACAUUAGGGCUUUUGGACGGCCAGAAAGUCGUGGCCACUAUACACAUCGACCCCCCCCUCGCGCAUACCGUCAACAUCGAGCCGCUAACACCAGAAGACUGGGAGAUCAUCGAGCUGCACGCUACCUUCUUGGAGUUGAACCUGCUCUCCCAAAUUCGCGCCUUGCCAAAUCCAACCUACGUCUCCGCCCCAGGGCAGCCGCCUAGCCCGCACCCCCUGACUCUUCACCUCUCGCCAACCUCUACGGCAAACAUCAAAAUUCUGUCGCUCGAGCCGACCCCUCCUGCGGACGUCCCAUUCGUGAAGAUUGCCCCCGAUGCUGAAGUUAUCGUCGCGCCAAAGACCCGAUCAAAGCCGUCGAGAGCUGGUCGUGAGGAUCGCAGUGUAGGUGGCACAUCGAGGAGGAGCGGCAAGAGCUCCAGCACCAUCCGUAAGAAGAAUGUGCGGGAGGAGAAAGAGCCGUCCCUAUUUUUAAGGGGGGUAGACCGCGAGCUUUGUGACGAAUGGUUUGACGAAGAGCUCGCGCUGCAGGGUCUCAACGUUUGGGUCGAUCGGGAUCUUUUAUCAUCGAACGAUUUCCGAGGUGUUACAUGGGUUGCCGUCAAUAUUGUCAAGCCAGCCGGGCUUCAACCCCCCAUGGAUCCCCAGAAGCAGCAAGAAAAUGCGGCCAAUACCGACGUAGUGAAGGCUACUGAGAAGGUUGUUGCACAGCUGCGCCCGUGGGACGACCCCCCCACCACCCAGACCGCCGCCCUCUCCACUCCUCUUUGCGCAAUGCUCGGUUGUCGAGGGAUUGUAGGAGGGAUUCUCAAGAUCGAACCAGCGCCACCGCCGUUGUCGCGCAAUGCCCUACAAAGAUUGAAGGUGUUUCCAUUUUUGAACGACGGUUCGAGGUCCCCAGACGGCUUGAAAUUCGGGGGGGAGUCCAAGGCCGAAAAGGAGGAGAUGUCUAAGAAGAUAUCGCAGAUUUAUGGCCAGAAAGACAAGGCGCAUGGCCUUCUGCGUGGUCCGUUAACCGACGGAAUGGUGCUUCCAGUUUACCAGAGUCUCGAAUCCUCACCAGGCUGGGAGGGCGGUGUUGUGAAAUUGGACGGCACGGGAUUGGAUUCAGCCUCUAAGGAGCAUUUGAACUGGUAUCUAGGGUCUGAGAAAGUGGUGCCAAUCGAGAUCCAACCGUCGAUUACCGCUCCGGCGUGGUUGGAGGAUGAUGAACUGGGCGAAAAUACCCCCCCGGGUGACGCGGUCUUGGUUGGGAUUGACUCGCUGCUGGCGAAUUUAAAAUCUCACCUUUCACACAUGUCAUCUGUCCUCUUAUCUGGCGCUCUGGGGGCUGGCAAGACCGCUGUCGUACAGUCGCUGGCCCGUACAUUACGGGACGAGUUCUUGUUCCACACCAUCUACUUUCCGUGUCGGAAACUUGUUAACGACGAAAGCAGAAUUUCCACUAUAAAAGAGACUUUGAAUAGGGUGUUUAUGCGUGCCAGCUGGGGUGCAAGACUGGGUGGUAAGUCGCUUGUUGUUCUCGAUGAUCUCGACAAGUUGUGCCCAGUCGAAACGGAGUUGCAGGUAGGGAACGACAAUGGUCGCAGCCGACAGCUCAGCGAAACUAUCUGCUCCAUCGUGCGACAGUACUGUGGGCGUGAUAGGGGGGUAGUUCUUCUCGUGACCGCCCAAGGCAAAGAAUCGCUAAAUAAUGUGAUUAUUGGAGGCCACGUUGUUCGGGAAAUUGUCGACCUGAAGGCGCCCGACAAGGAAGCACGCAGGCGGGUCUUGGAGACCAUCGUCCGCCAGCGUACUCUGUCUUCUCUCCCGAAACGUUCCCCCGAGUCAAACGAGAGCCGCCCUAACACCGCCCGGGGGAGCGUAUCCGGGGAUGAUGCUGGCGGCUGGAUGGACGGGCCGAGCCAGCACAGUCGGAGCAAUUCGAUCACCAAACCCGAAUUAGACGGCUUUCUCUUGGACCCGGAGCUCGACUUUCUUGACCUGGCAGGGGAGACAGAUGGGUACAUGCCAGGAGAUCUUAUACUGCUCGUUUCCCGGGCUCGAAACGAAGCGUUGAUAAGAUCGGUUAGUGAGGGCCCGGCGGAUAAUUUGUCGGAUAUCAUUCAACUCAGCCGUGCCGACUUCGAUAGUGCUCUCAAGGGGUUUACUCCCUCCUCCCUCCGCAACGUUCCCCUGCAGACCUCUACGACGAAAUUUGAUUCGAUUGGUGGUCUGAAGGAAACGCGGCAGAUCUUGCUAGAAACACUACAAUAUCCCACUAAAUACGCGCCUAUCUUCGCCCAGUGUCCUCUCAGACUUCGUUCGGGUCUCCUGCUCUAUGGGUACCCCGGCUGCGGCAAGACUCUUUUGGCAAGCGCGGUGGCGGGCGAAUGCGGACUCAAUUUCAUCUCGGUCAAAGGACCAGAGAUCUUGAACAAGUAUAUCGGCGCUAGCGAAAAGAGCGUGCGUGAUCUUUUCGAGCGGGCCUCAGCCGCAAAGCCCUGCAUCCUCUUCUUCGACGAGUUCGACUCUAUUGCGCCGAAGCGUGGGCACGAUUCGACGGGGGUUACCGACCGGGUAGUCAACCAGCUCCUUACCCAAAUGGACGGCGCAGAGGGAUUGUCGGGCGUCUAUGUCCUAGCUGCUACGUCGAGGCCAGACCUAAUCGAUCCUGCAUUGCUUCGCCCGGGCCGUCUGGACAAGAGCUUGCUUUGUGGCUUGCCAAACCUGGAAGAUCGCGUAGACAUUUUACAAGCCUUGGGCAAAAAGGUCAAACUCGAUGGCGACGUCCUGUCUUCGGAAGAAGGUCUUCUCGAACUGGGCAGACGUACCGAAGGUUACUCGGGUGCCGAUUUGCAGGCGCUCAUGUCGAAUGCGCAGCUGGAGGCCAUCCACGACGUCCUUAAUGACGCAGAGCUGCAGUCUUCAGGCGACAAGCGUAAUGCUGCUGGCUCGCGGGCUAAACUGGAUGCGUCCGGGAGACCUCGGAAUUUCCUGCAGUUCCGCUACGGCGCCGAGAUCGCGUUGGCCGAGGCAGAGGAGCGGGCGAAGAAGGGGUACAACCGGUCCGCCGAGCUGGCAGAAAAUGCGGCCAUCGCAGCCAAGCUUGGGGAAAUCAAGGCGGCAAGGAGGCAGGCGAAGAUGGCCCAAAAGGGCGCGGACAACGGCGGGCUAGAGAACAACGAAAAGGGGAAGGAGAGCAAAGAGACGGAAGUGCUCAUCAGCUGGAAACACAUGAUGCAAGCGCUGGAGGUUACGCAAGCCAGCAUCAGCCCUCAGGAGAGGAACAGGCUGGAGCGCAUCUAUCGAGAGUUUGUAGUUGGACGUAGCGGCGAGAUGCACGACGGGCAGGGCAGCAUGGAGAUUGGCGGGCGGAGCAGCCUUAUGUAA